AUAUGUUAACUUUUCCUUUGUUCUGACUUUUUCAUAAAUGUGUCUGUUUAUGUACAGUGUUCAGUUCAGUCAUCAGAGGAUUCGCCCAAGUUCCCAAACGAGCCAAUGUGAUCCUGACAACAAAAUGGCCUCUGAUAUAUAAGGGUGAGAGAGUUGUUCUCCACUGUGAGAUCCUAGGAGGAGAAGGAAGAAAGUGGACAUAUGAAUGGAGAACAACCAGGUUAAAUGAACCUCAAACAUCCCAGGAAUACAUGACCAUAGGUUCUGCUAAAGAGUCUGAUAGUGGAGGAUACAGCUGCAGAGGAACAAGUGGAGACGGCUCAACAGCCUGGAGCGAUGUUGUCGUAUUAACUGUGUAUCAACUCUCUGUGUCUCCAUCAUGGCUGAGUCCUGGAGCCUCAGUGACUCUGAGCUGUGAGGUUGAACAUCCACCUGCAGGAACCAGGUUCUUCUGGUACAAAGCUGUUCCUGAUCCAUCAAGCAGAUUCUACAGCUAUGAGCUGCUGCCUGGCAGCUCUGAUGGGACUGAAGAGAAUUUCUACAUUGUUCAUGGACUCACUAGCACAGCAGGUUAUGUGUGUGAAGCAGGAAAUGGAAAACCAAAAUACAGAGAUCCAAGUUUUGUCUGGUCAGCAGAUCCUCGUCCAGCAGCUUCUCUCUCAGUGAAUCCUGACAGAGUUCAACACUUCAGAUCUGACUCUGUGUCUCUGAGCUGUGAGGGAAACUCUGCUGAGUGGAGAGCGAGGAGGUUUACAGAAAGAGAAGGACUGCCAUCCUUUACCUGCUCCUACUGGGGGACAAUGACUGGAUCUACAUGUACCUUCAAGAUAAUCUUGUCUGAUAGUAGAGUUUACUGGUGUGAGUCUGGAUCAGGAGAGUUCAGCAAUGCAGUGAACAUCACUGUACAGGACAGUUUUUUGAAUAAUACAAUCCUGGUGAGCCCUGUUCAUCCUGUGACUGAGGGAGAUCCUGUUACUCUGAGCUGCAGAGAUAAAAAACAAAAUCUUCUCUCCAAUGUGUUUUUCUAUCAUAAUAAUAAACCCAUCAACAAUGGCAGCAGAGAGGAGCUGAAUAUUUCUGCAGUGUCAAAGUCAGAUGAAGGUUUCUACAAAUGUCAACAUUCAAGAGAGGAGUCACUACAGAGCUGGAUGUCUGUUAGAGUUACUGUGCCCAGUCCUGCCAGUUCUUCAUUUCCUGUGAUGUUGAUCGUUGGACCAGUUGUUGGAGUCGUUCUCUUUAUUCUCAUUAUUCUCCUGCUGUCAUGGUGGCGAUACAGUCAGUCCAGAAAUUCAUGGUGCAUCAGGUCAGAGGGCAGCAGUCAGAGCUCCUCCACAAAUCAAGGACUCAACCAGAGAGAGAGUCAAGUUUACAACUCUCUGCUACACGGUGAUACUUCUGAGUAUGAGACAAUCCAGCCAGCCUCUAACAAUAGGAGGCCUGGUAAUCCAGAGGACGAUCAUGUUUACAUAAAUAUGAACAACAGAAAACACAGAAUCCAUUGAAAGCUAAAAGAAUCACUGUAGUGAAAAGAAAACAAAAAGGAAAGUGGAGUCCUGCUGCAGUUUAUUCUGAAAUCAGAUCAAGAAAGUUUACAAAAAUGCAUUUUAACUUUCUAUUGGUUCAGAUUGAACUGAACUGAGUUUUUUAUUAUUGCAACAUAAGAAAAAAAUGCCACAUCCUCAAAUGUUUCUAACAAAAGUCUGUGGAUGAAGAUGAGCUAGUCAACAUUUUAUGAAACUGAUGCAAGUAGCUCUGGAAUACAAACACAAACAUACAGAAAUGGGAACAGAAACAAUUUAAAGUUUUGUCUGGACUGAAAUCACUUAGCUCAGGUUUUAUUUUAACAUAACAGUAUGUCCUUUAAAAAUGCAGCACUUCUCAUGUUUAUUGUUCAAGAAAAUUCAUUUCUAUGUUUGGUGUAAAGAUAUAUUAUUAGCUCUGUUUAUUCUAUUUGUAUGCAGAAAAACACAUAUUACUUAGAUAUAAACAUAUUUGUGUGUAUUUUUAUUUUUAUUUUUGACCAUUUUUAACUCCAUACUUACAAUUAUUAUUAAUUACAAACUCACUGGAUGCAUGAUUUUGAAAUGUGAAAUGCAAAAACAUACACAAACAACAACUUAAGAAAGCCAUGACACUUUGAUAUUUUCCAUUUUAUUACACCUGGCAUACAUGUAAGGAGUCAUCAUGCUAAAUAAAAGUAUGUAUACAUGUUUACUGAUAAUGUUUAAUUAUUUACCCUAAUUCUAUGCUGAGUGUAUUCUUCCUUUAAAAAGAAAAAUUUAACUUUUCUUAUACAGUCAGGUUUCAAACUAUUUCCACGUUUGGUAGAUUUAGAUAUUUUCCUUCAAACAAAAAGUUUUUUGUAAAGUGAUACCAACAGCUAUUAAAAAAGCCUUUUUAUAAUCGCU